AUGGUCAAACAAUGGUUAUUGUGCAAAAAAGCACACACUCUUUUGGUUGAUGUCUUGACUUUAUCUGGAUCCCAUACGUUUGAUCCCUUGUGGAAUCAAUUCAGACACUUUGAAUUGAUAGAAACAAGAAGAGCUACUAAAGCAUGUCAAGACGAUGACUAUGAUUUAUUGAAUACAGGUGAACUGACAACAUUUUGUGACUUUUGGAACUUUGUAGAGAGAUUAUUGAAGGAUGCGUCAAAGGGUUUGGAUGCUCACGUAAAUUUCUUUGUCAAACUGCUACAGGCUGACUUGAAAUCAAGAUUGGAUAAUAAAGAACAAGUGCAAGCAUCUAUCUUUGUAAAGAUAUUAAACAGCAGAAGCAAGCAUUUCAACAAAUACUUGGAUACGUUUCCAGACCAAGAUAUUCAUUUGACUGGUCUUGUAAGCGAUCUCUUGAACAUGCUGAUCAUGGUUUCUUAUUUUGAUUAUGUUGGCACUGUUGAUCAUCUUACUACUCAGAUGCACAAGAAAUCCAUCGACGCUAUCUAUCGCCAUAUACUGAUGGUCAGCAAAUACUGUAUGUCUGUCUCUUCCAUCACUGCUUUCUCUCAACAAGAGUUGGUUGUGUUAUAUGAAGCCCUGGAUGAAUUCAAGACAAAGAUGUACCAGCUCACAGACAACAAAGGCGUAGACAAAAUCAGUUGGUCUAUUCAAUUAACCAUGCUUCAUUUCUCUUAA